ACUUUAAUGAGCCCUUUGAAGAGGAAUGAGAUGACUUUCCUUCUAAGCCCCCCCCCCAAGCGCUCGUGGUGCUGGCGCCGCCCCAGUUGCGCCAGGUUCCGGGGUCGCGCGGACGGGAGCUGACAGGGGUCAAUUCAAGUCAUGCAGGUGGUUCGAAAGACGGGGUCUUGGUUCUUGUGGUCUUGGGCUCGGUCACCGACGCCCGGGGUCGUGCCUGGGGCGCCAGCCUCCACCAUCCGCACCGGCGCCCGGCAGCUACAAGAUGCGGCGGCCAAGCAGGAAGUUGAGGAGAAGGCGGCCGCUCCGGCUCCGAGCCGCAGCAGCUUCAGGUCAUCAGCUGGCUGUGAGGAAACAGAAAGCAGGCGGAGGUUGAAGGAGACAAAGGAAGGUAUAAGGCAUCAUCCAGGAGAGUGGAAGAAGGAUAAUUGAACUGGGGACAUGCAUACAGAGCCGGUCGCCAGGCAGUGCUGAGGGCCCACUUGAUGUCAGAAGUCAUUAAAAUAAAGCGGCGGCUCUCAACUGGGGCGAUUGGGCCUCCAAAAGGACUUUUAGCAGUAUCUGAAGACAUUGUUGAUUGUCACAACUCAGGACACUGGAGGGACAGCGGGUGGAGGCCGAGGACGCUGCUGUACAUGCCACAGCCUGCAGGCCAGCCCCUCACAACAAAGAAUUGUCCUGCCCA